CCAGGUGUAACAAUCGUACCCAGUGUGUUGUGGUAGCUGGACCUGAUGUCUUCCCUGACCCCUGUCCUGGAACAUACAAAUACCUGGAGGUGCAGUACGAGUGUGUCCCCUACAAAGUGGAACAGAAAGUGUUCCUGUGUCCAGGUAUCCUACGAGGCGUGUACCAGAGUGAACACCUGUUUGAGUCCGACCACCAAUCAGGAGCCUGGUGUAAAGAUCCAUUCCAGGCCUCUGAUAAGAUUUACUACAUGCCCUGGACUCCCUACCGCACGGACACUCUCACAGAGUACUCCUCCAAGGAGGACUUCAUCGCAGGACGACCGACGACCACGUACAAGCUGCCUCACCGCGUCGACGGGACAGGCUUCGUGGUCUACGACGGAGCUUUAUUCUUCAACAAGGAGCGGACGCGCAACAUCGUCAAAUUCGACCUCCGCACGCGGAUCAAGAGCGGCGAGGCCAUCAUCGCCAACGCCAACUACCACGACACGUCGCCGUACCGCUGGGGCGGCAAGUCGGACAUUGACCUCGCCGUCGACGAAAUCGGCCUCUGGGUUUUGUACGCCACGGAGACGAACAACGGACGCAUCGUGGUCUCGCAGCUCAACCCUUACACGCUCCGCAUCGAAGGGUCCUGGGACACCACCUACGACAAGCGGACCGCCUCCAACGCCUUCAUGGUGUGCGGUGUGCUCUACGUGGUGAAAAGCGUCUACGAGGACGACGACAACGAGGCCACAGGGAACAAGAUAGAUUAUAUGUACAGCACCACCCAGAGUAAAGAAACCUUUGUGUCCAUCCUGUUCCCGAACUCUUACCAGUACAUAGCAGCAGUGGACUACAAUCCCAGAGACAAUCUGCUGUACGUCUGGAACAACUACCACGUAGUGAAAUACUUACUGGACUUCGGGAACAACGACAACAGAUUGG